UCCCGCUGGCAGCAAGCUUCAUCGCAGGAGGAGAGAAUCACGGCACAAACCACUGAUAACUGACAGAGGAUUUACAAAGGAGUUGUUUUGUUUCACAUAUACAUUUAUUGUAUUCAUCAACCAAAUAUUUUUCACAAUGAAGGAAAGAAGACUUACCCAGCCUAUGGUGGCGAGAUGUAAACUGGUGUUGGUUGGGGAUGUUCAAUGCGGGAAAACCGCAAUGUUGCAAGUCCUGGCCAAGGAUUCCUAUCCUGAGACAUAUGUUCCAACAGUAUUUGAGAACUACACAGCCUGUCUGGAGCUGGAGGACCAGCGCGUAGAGCUCAGUCUCUGGGACACAUCAGGCUCCCCGUACUAUGAUAACGUCCGACCCCUGUGCUACAGCGACUCAGACGCCGUGCUCCUUUGUUACGACAUCAGCCGACCAGACUCAAUUGAUGGUGCACUGAAAAAGUGGAAGACAGAGAUACUGGAUUUCUGCCCCAGCACACGCAUCCUCCUGAUAGGCUGUAAAACAGACCUGCGCACAGACGUGUGUACGCUCAUGGAGCUGUCCAAUCAGAAGCAGACACCCAUCUCACAUGAGCAGGGUUCCUCCAUGGCCAAGCAGCUAGGUGCGGAGGCCUACUUGGAGUGUUCGGCCUUCACCUCGGAGAAGAGCAUCCACAGUGUGUUCCGUACUUCAGCCCUGGCCUGCAUCAGCAAGCUACAGCCCUCCACCAAGACCAGUCCUGCCCGACGCCUCUCCAAGAGACUCCUUUUCCUGCCCAGAAAGUCUGACCUCCUCUCCUCCACCUUCGGCAAGGACAAGGCCAAGGGCUGCUCCAUUAUGUGAGGGAGGGGGAAGAACCCAGACUGGGGUGGCCAGAGAUUCACUCCAUUGAACAGUCCAGCGGGCAAAAAGGGGUGCAAGGUGGUAGAGGGGCAAGGGAAUCGGAAGUAAGGGGGAAGGAAGGGGUUUCUUUAGAACCCCUCUGGCCUCCCCCAACAUCCUCCCCAGUCCCCACCCCCACUGACUCCCCACUUAAAAAAAACAUGGUUUACUCUGUAUAGGAUAUACUGGUCCUCUUCAUGAUCACCCCCCCACAAACAAACAAACAAACAAACGCACACACGCACGCACGCACGCACACACACACACACACACACACACACACACACACACACACACACACACACACACACACACCUCGGGGCGGUAGGUAGCCCAGUGGUUAGAGCGUUGGGCCAGUAACCAAAAAGUUGCUGGAUCGAAUCCCUGAGCUGACAAGGUAAAAAUCUGUAAAAAUUCUGAGCAAGGCAGUUAACCCCUGUUCCUCGGGCGCUGAAAAAGUGAAUGUUAAUUAUGGCAGCCCCCCACACCUCUCUGGUUCAGAGACUGAAAAAUAAGUCUCCUUCAUGUUCCACAAUUGAUCACCUGGGAUGACUCUCUGGAGUUGUCAUUCUUGUAGUGUGGCUGGCCAUUAUUGAUGAGAGUACAGGAUCAAGGCAUUUAUAAAAAUGGGUCUCUCAUUCAUACUUAGUGGAGACUGUAAGAAAUGGGGUAAAGGGUCCGUGAGGGUUGGGCGUGGGUGGGAUGGGUGAAUUUGAGCCGAAACAACUAACAGGCUGGUCCUGUCCAAAGUAAGUUAUUUUUCAGUUUGUUUUGCUUUGAAAUCUUUUAAGUAUAAGGUGAUUUAUAUUUUUCAGUAUUCUUCAAAUUUGUAAUCUGCUUUCUGCCCAGUCCUUUUUAAUUGUAGUUGUUGUACUCACUGAAGUCAUCUUGUAUUAGGAGCUGUCUACGACCCGGCUAAUAGAGGACUUCAUGAUUUGCACAGACAGGGGCUCUGAGUUGUUUGGACUUACAGAACACUGGAAUUUAAGGGUUGCUUAGCAACUGUGUGAGCAGUGGCAGAAGUCAGCAGAAUUGUGAUGAUGGGUGCAGUUUCUGGCUCUGAGAGAAAAGAAAGAGGGCUCCAACAGUUUUUUAUUGAUUUAUUUCACCUUUAUUUAACCAGGUGCGUCUCACCUUUCAUUUGUAGCAUGAGACCACUGCUAAGGUGACGGCUAGACAUUUCAGUUCGUAGUGCACUGCUGAAAAACAUCUGAAAAAUAUCUGAAAAACUAAUUUGAAGCCUCCGAACUCAGUGGCAGCUCAGUGGCUUGUGUCAGAACAAAAAAAGCUAUUUGAGUAUCUUUUAUAACCUGAGUUCCCAGCAGUGAGUGAAUAAGCUCCAAAUUUGCCUGGAGUGACUGAAACACUGUUCAGAAAAAAAGUCAAUUUGACUGAAUAUACAGCCGUCAUAAUGUUUCUGCUCCCACUCCUGAUCUAAGAACAGACCAUGUCUGGUUGUACAUAUCCUGCUUUAUAUGCCAUUUGUAAAGCUCCAAAAAGAAUGUUGUUGGAACAAAACUCAGUGUUUGUGUUAAGUAAAAUGGCUUCAACUUAAUUUAUUAAUAAAAUACUGUAUUGCUCAAUGUUGUCAUUUUAUUUUUGACUGUACAUUUUGGGGUAGAAUUCUUCAUUUGAAUGGACACUGAUUUUUUUUCUGUCCAUAUGUUUUCUCUUUGGUUCUGAAUAAAGCUCGCCUUUGUUCAUCAUA